CGUUUAAAGGGUGGUGUAAGUAAUUAAAUCGUGGCACGAGAGAGAAACACGCAGGCAGGCGUAUAGAGACCAUUUCUCACUUCAGAGAGACAAGGAAGAGAAGGAGAGAUAGGGAAACACAUGGAGCCAACAUCCAGAACCCCAACAAACUUCUCCUGGGUGGAGGGUAAUAGAGUGGCAGCACUGGCUUGGCCUUCUACACCAGAUCAUUACUGCUUCUUACUGCAAAACGGGAUUAAACACCUGGUGUGUUUGUGUGAAUCCAAACCACCCAACUAUCAGAGCAGUCCAGAUCUCAAACUGCACCACAUCCCCAUGGUGGACUUCACUCCACCAAGUCUGAGACAGAUUCUGACCUUCAUCUCUAUCACUGAACACAUCAAAACAGGACAGGCAGUUGCGGUCCACUGUAAACACGGCCUCGGACGCACGGGAACCAUGCUGGCCUGCUACCUGGUGAAGACGAGGAAGAUCUCAGGAGCCGAGGCCAUCAAAACCAUCCGAUGUCUUCGCCCGGGAUCCAUAGAGACCCGUGAGCAGGAGGGCGCAGUCCUGGAGUUUGAGCAGUUCCUCCAUUCAAAUACUCUCCUCUAAACAGCCCUCGGUAAACACCACCCUGUAAAAACCACCAUCUAAAACAUUCUCCUUUAAACGGCCCUCUGUAAACACCCCCCUCUAAACCCCCUUCAUUCUUAUCUCCUGUCAGAAAUAUCGUAAUUGCGAGGUGAGAGAUGAAUUUGCCCGGAAAUAAUUUCACUGGUAUUUGUGCAUGUUAACUGUCCGGUCCUUCAUUUUGUUUCAGAAAAUUUUAAAAUGAAUAAAUGGUCAAAUGGUCAAAAAUAGCUGUGUUUUGACUGAAAAAACCCCCCAAAACAAUUACAUUACAGGCUGGACAUUUGCUUUAUGAGACAGAGUUGUGACAUGGCAAUAUUAAAAAUUAACCAUAGGAUUGAUGAUGAUUAGUCGGACCUGUUUAUAUCCCAGGGCUUCCUCCAGCUCUGAUCUCAGCAGUCUGAUACUCGUCCUUCUCACUGCACUGAACAUCAGCAAACAUGAACCAAAUCCUUCUGUCUGUUUUACAGGUUUUUCAGAAGCUUACACUCAGGGUGUGUCCGUGAAACUCAGGCUGUUUCUAUGACAACAGUGUGUACAAAUACUAUAUAACCUCAGUCGUCAUUGUAUGAGUGUAAAAAUAACUUCCUGUAAACACCCUCUGUAUGGUCAUAUAAUGCUACAUAACAAGUGACGAUGCUAUGUACAUUUCUUAAAGGCUUAAACGUUUAUCACAACAGCCUAACGUAAGCCUGAACAGUGUCGCAACACCUUUAUGGCAACACGGACGUCAGACUGGAUUCUGAUUGGUCAGAUGACUCAUUCCUAUAGUUUAUCGUUUCCAUAGCAACAGCUAACAGGCACUGUUUAUGUGGAUGUUAUACGAUAUUAAAUGCGUUGAAAAAGUUAUUCAAGUUGUAAUAGGAAUAAAGUACUUUGUAAUUGAAAAAAAUAAAAAAUUGAGGGUGAUAGUAACUCGGCAUCAUGUCGGGUCACAAUUCCGAGUAGGAAACUUUAAGCCUAGAGUUUCAAGUCAGUAAAAAAAAAAACAGGGUGGAAUGAAUGGACACAGUGUCUGUAGCUAAAGGUAAAUUUGUUGAAAUCAAAUGUUUCCUCGUCUCAGAAGCCGAUCUCAUUUAUUACGCGUUCUGCUUAACAUUUAAGCUCCUGAGAGGAAGGGUUGAUUAUGACAUGUAUAGUGACUUCAUGAUUUGAUUAAAACAUUUAAUAAUAAAAAACACCUGACACACA